AUGUUGUCACCAGUUCUUACGAUUUCAAUAACUAUUGUAGCUAUUGAAGUUGCUGUUGAAUUUUUUGGAAAUGGGUUUAUUGCAGCUGUUAAUAUCAUUUACUGGAUCAAAAGCAAAAAUCUUUAUUCCACUGAUAUGAUCUUGACCUUUCUGAGCACAUCAAGAUUUAUCUUGCAGGUGACCAUACUGAUGCACAUUCAUAGCCUCUACUUUGUGGAUGUGUUUAGGUUGGCUUCUGUACACAAAGCUUUUGGUGCUGUAUGGACGUUUGUAAACCAUGCCAGUUUGUGGUUCAGUACCUGGCUGUGUGCACUGUACUGUGUAAAAAUAAUCAAUGUCACCCAAUGGCUGCUCUUAGAAAUCAAGCUCAGAAUAGCUGGGAUGGUCCCAUGGCUUCUUCUAAGAUCAUCAGAGACUUCUUCUGUGACUUCUCUUCCUUUACUAUGGUUUGCACCCAGCACUUACCUCUGCAGCUCAACUGGGAGCUGUAGAGAAAGUAGGACAGCACAUAUCACUGACUGGGAUCAUUCACAUCUCUACCUGCUGCUUCUUUACUGUGCAGGUUGCUUUUUCCCUCUGGUACUCUCUGGUUACCCCAUCCCUAUUAAUUACUUCUCUAUGGAGACACACAAGAUGAAAUCUUAUGUAGAUAAUUUCAGGGAUCCUUUGAUAGAUGUUCACAUAACUGCCAUUAAAUCUAUUGUUUCUUUCUUGAUCCUACAUCUUUGCACUUUCAUAGCUCAAAUUCUGCUGAUACUGUCCACUUCUCAAAGUAAAGAUGUUGUGAAAGUUGUAGCUGGGGCAUACCCUUCCAUCCACUUUAUUAUCCUGACUAUAGUGAAUUCAAAACUGAAAUUGGUGGUUAGUAUCUUCUGCCAUCAGUUAAAGUGCCAUUUGUAA